AUAUACCGUAUUUUUCGCUCCAUAAGAGACGCACCUGACCAUAAGACGCACCUAGGUUUUAGAGGCAGAAAACAGGAAAAAAAUAUUCUGAACCAAUGGACUGCAGACAUAGUACAGGAGAUGACCAGAGACUGCGGACAAAGUACAAGAGAUGACCAGAGACUGCGGACAUAGUACAGGAGAUGACCAGAGACUGCGGACAAAGUACAAGAGAUGACCAGAGACUGCGGACAUAGUACAGGAGAUGACCAGAGACUGCGGACACAGUACAGGAGAUGACCAGAGACUGCGG